CAGUUGCAUCAUUCCAUGGCUUCUUCAAUACUCAGUGGAGCUGAGAAUCUGAAUCUCAUCAGUGGAGCAACCCCAACAAGGUUAGCCUUUUUUGGUUCAAAUUUUCAUUUUAGGUGUUUGCCACAAAAGGGUUUACUUUUUUACAGCAAGAAUCAAAAGGCUAGAAUCAUAGCACCCAAAUGUAGUUUAUCAUCCUCAAGGCCUGCUUCCCAGCCUAGGUUCAUACAACACAAGCAAGAAGCAUUUUGGUUUUAUAGGUUCUUAUCAAUAGUGUAUGACCAUAUCAUAAACCCCGGUCAUUGGACCGAGGAUAUGCGCGACGAGGCGCUCGAACCCGCUGAUCUUUAUUCUAGGAAUAUGAAAGUAGUGGACGUUGGUGGCGGAACCGGGUUUACGACUCUAGGUAUAGUGAAGCAUGUUGAUGCGAAGAAUGUCACAAUUCUAGAUCAGUCACCUCACCAGCUUGCCAAGGCUAGGCAGAAGGAACCUUUGAAGGAAUGCAAGAUAAUUGAAGGUGAUGCCGAGGAUCUCCCAUUUCCUACCGAUUAUGCCGACCGAUACGUGUCCGCGGGAAGUAUUGAGUACUGGCCAGAUCCGCAGCGCGGGAUCAAGGAAGCUUACAGAGUACUGAAAAUAGGAGGGAAAGCCUGUGUUAUAGGUCCUGUAUAUCCAACAUUCUGGUUGUCUCGUUUUUUCGCGGAUAUGUGGAUGCUGUUCCCGAAAGAGGAAGAGUACAUAGAGUGGUUCGAAAAGGCUGGCUUCAAAGAUGUGAAACUGAAAAGGAUCGGACCAAAAUGGUAUCGUGGUGUCCGAAGACACGGCUUGAUCAUGGGUUGUUCCGUGACUGGAGUGAAGCCCUUCUCGGGAGACUCUCCGUUGAAGCUUGGUCCAAAGGCAGAGGAUGUGAAGAAACCUGUUAAUCCAUUAUUGUUCCUUUUUCGGUUCAUUAUUGGAGCAAUUGCAGCAACUUACUUUGUAUUGGUUCCCAUUUACAUGUGGAUCAAAGAUCAAAUUGUUCCAAAGGGCCAGCCUAUAUGAAAUGACUCAACUACUUGACUUAACUGCUUAUUAUUUUGCUCAUCUUUCCAACGUUUUUGGAGAUAUCCGAGUCGUGUUAGACCUAUCGAUCCGUGUAUUGUUUUCCGUAU